AUUAUAAUUUAAAUUAUAAUAGUUUAAUUAAAUAAGUUAAAUUUAAAUGUUUUUUGCAUAAAUUUCUACAAACUUAUUUAUGCUACAUAUGUUUUUUUACCAUCAAAUUUUCCUUUUAAUAAGUUGUGAAAAUUGUAUCCGUAUGAUAUUUGGGGUAUAUUAGUACUCUUAUAAAUUAUGUUCUUUGUCUAUAUUUAAUUAUAUGAUCUCUAUAUUAUCUCUGUAUUUAAUUACCAUCUCUAUAUAAUCUAUAUAUACUGAUUAGUACUUUUAAAAUAUCAUCUUCCUUACUCUUAUUAAUUUCAUCAAACAUUAUUUUAAAUUAAUUUUUUGUAAUAACCUUUAUAAUAAUAACACAUAUCAAUAUGUGACUUUUAUCGUCAUUACCUUAUUUCAAAACAAAUAGUGGGAGCAUUCACUUACUUAUCUUGUGUUCGUAUUAUUCAUAGUUUAUUGUUUUGUUCUUAUCCGAUCACAGAACCGAGCGUAUGCGUGUGAUCGUAUAGAAGCUCCGGGGAAAUCACGACGCGGAACUGUUUCAGCGAAAGGAAAUCCAUCUGUAAUGGGACUCCGUAAUAAGGCUUACGUUUCGCCUCGCGCAUUUUGUACUCGCUGUCAAUUAAAAGCAUAUAACGAUUUCAUGGAAGCUUCUCUUAAAAUCCGACUCCGCAUCCGCUAAUGGCUUGCAUAGUUUUCCAUUUCCGCUAGGAAAUAUUGAAUAAAACACGGAAACGGAGAUUGGAACAGUCCAUUUCGCUUGGCGAAGAUACGAUAUGCAAGAGAAAAAGGAAUUAUUCUUUUGCAACAGUGUUUCUAUCAAGUCAAAAUUAUUCUCUGAAAUAAUUAUACAUAUAAUUAUACUACGUAAAUACAACAAUUAUACAAUAAUUAUAUUAUGUAAAUUAAAUACAAAUAAUAUAAGAAGGCUAUACGGAAUUUUGCCAUGAACAUUUUUCGAUUUUAUUUUGAAGUUUGUAUUAUUUAUAUAUAUAGUAUAUAUUACUAUUACGUAUUAUAUGGAGAAUUGUAUCGCAUUUCUAACUGUUGAAACAUCUACUUUGGUUAAUGCUUAAUUGAGCCUGAAGUUAGAAAUUUACGGACGAAACGGUGGAAGAUCACUGGGACUCUAAUUGAAAAAUGGAGAAGAACAUAGGUUUUGGUGCCCAAUCCUCAGCCCCUCUGCCAACGGCUCCGCCGUCUUACGAGGAAGCCAUAGCUAAUACGGGAGGAGCACCUACGCACCCUUCAGUCAUUCCCACACCGUAUCCCCAGGGAAAUGCGCCGAUACAAAUGCCCAUGCCAUACAAUCAGCCGCCAAAUCAAACGACGAUGCCUACACCGUCAGUUUAUCCGAGUUCGAAUCAACCGACAUCGCAACCGCGUUUCAAUGCCGAGUUGAAUUCCGCACCGCAAACGGAAGUGCGGGUCAUUCAACAACAUAUAGUGUACUCCUUAGCGCCGAAUGCAGUGAAAAUGACAUGUCCGACGUGUCGCGCCGAUAUCAAAACUACCACAAUAUCAGAUCAUCAGCCGAGUGCUCACAUUUGUUGCAUCAUACUCUGCUUACUCGGAUGCUGCCUCUGCUCAUGCCUGCCAUACUGUAUGAACGCUUUCAUGAGCGUUCAUCACUUCUGUCCAAACUGCAAAAAUUACAUUGGCACGUGGAAAGGUUGAUUUUAAGAUUACUCGCGCGCACACAUAGGUUCCAGCCUCCCGCGUAUCGAGAUACUCUACAAUUCUACAAGCAGAGCUGCUCGAUACCCUUCGCUUAUCACACAUUAAGGACAGCAGAAAGGAGGGAUUGUUGUUAACGUAAGUUACAUAUUAUGUGCUUGAAUCUUCCGACUCUUGAUGCGUGUUGCGGUAUGCAAAUGAUGAUGAUUCAUCAAAUUCAAGUCCUGAAUCUAACAUGUGUGAACUGUAGAUAUAAGACGAGUAUGUGAAUUCUGAUCGUACGAUGAAUGAAAGUGACAUUGAUAUCACAUACUUUUAUAUAAUAUACUAGAUUGUUAGUGUACGCGAGAUACUUUGUAAUAUGUAAUUGUAAAACAAGAAGUGAUACAAAGUGAUUGUCAGGAAGGAAUUGCAGGUAUAUGUCGCAAAGGCAGAUCAUAUUCUUAUUCAUUAUUGCAUGAAAAAAAAUCGGAUAUUUCUUUUUUACUCUAAAUGUUCUCUGAAUAAAUUUAUAAUAAAAAAAAA